UGAAUCACUUAAAAUAUACGUAAGAAAUUACUUUAUUAAAAAAAGAAGAAAAAAAAGGAAAGCCUUGUCGCAUGAUGAUGACGUCACGACAAACGCGACGUGUGCUAUCGUCUUUUUCCAUGCUGGUCAGCCGAAGGUAAAGUUUAUGUUUCCAACCGACGUUUCUGGCUGUUUUUGUUUUAAAUCAGAGAGAGGGGACACUGAGUCCGUGUUCGGACAAACAUUAAGUCAUUAAGUCCGUGGUUCUGUGUCCCGCGGACAGCUCCGUGUCCCUCAUUAGUACCCGUGGUCUCCACAUGUGUCCGCUUUAAAACCAUGGAGACCAAGCGCUUAGACUCGAAGGGGAAGAAAAACAAACCGGGGAAGAAGUUUGACGGCGCCGACCCGGUGAAAAACUUCGAGAGAUGGAAGAAAAAGUACAGCAAGACGAAAGCUCGAGUGAAGCGAGAGAGAGCCGGCAAUAAGAAACCCGAGUGGCAGGUGGAGCGUGAGUACAUCAACAAGCUGGUCAGCAGAUACGGACAAAUCAACGCCAAGGACGCUGUCAAGUUUUCAGACUUCCCCAUUUCAAAGAAGACUCUGCUGGGUCUUCAGGGGGCUCAGUACAGGCAGCCCACAGAGAUCCAAAGGCAGACCAUUGGUUUCGCUCUGCAGGGUAAAGAUGUUCUGGGCGCAGCCAAGACUGGCUCAGGGAAGACUUUGGCUUUUCUCAUACCAAUCCUGGAGUGUCUUUUCCGACAGCAGUGGAGCUCCAUGGACGGCCUCGGUGCCCUCAUUAUAUCCCCCACCAGAGAACUUGCAUACCAGACUUUUGAAGUUCUUCGCAAGAUUGGCAAGAACCACGAGUUCUCAGCAGGACUCAUCAUUGGCGGCAAGGAGCUGAAGAGCGAGACCGAGAGGAUCCACCGCACCAACAUCGUCAUCUGCACCCCGGGCCGGCUGCUCCAGCACAUGGACGAAACGGCCACCUUCCAUGCAUCUGACCUGCACAUGCUGGUCUUGGACGAGGCCGACCGCAUUCUCGACAUGGGUUUCGCGGAUACUCUGAAUGCCAUCCUAGAGAACCUGCCCAAGACCCGUCAGACGCUGCUGUUCUCCGCCACUCAAACCAAGUCGGUCAAAGACCUGGCCCGGCUCAGCCUCAAAGACCCAGAGUAUGUGUGGGUGCAUGAGAAAGCAAAGUUCAGCACACCGGCGACCUUGGAGCAGAGCUAUGUGGUGUGUGAGCUCCACCAGAAGGUCAACAUGCUCUUCUCCUUCAUCAGGAGCCACCUGACAAAGAAGAUCAUUGUUUUCUUUGCCUGCUGCAAGGAGGUGCAGUACCUGUUCCGCGUCUUCUGCCGCCUCAGACCCGGCAUGCCCAUUUUGGCUUUGCAUGGCAAGCAGCAGCAAAUGAAGAGGGUGGAGGUCUACAACGACUUCAUCAGAAAGCAGAACGCUGUGCUCUUCGCCACUGAUAUCGCUGCCAGAGGCCUGGACUUCCCCGCCGUCAACUGGGUGCUGCAGUUCGACUGUCCAGAGGAUGCAGACACCUACAUCCACAGGGUGGGGCGGACUGCCCGGUACAAGGAGGGUGGAGAGGCCCUGUUGCUGCUUCUGCCCUCUGAGGAGAAGGGCAUGCUGACUCAGCUGCAGGAGAAGAAAGUUCCUAUCAAUAAGAUCCAAGUGAACCCAGAGAAGCUGCAGGCUGUCCAGCAGAAGCUGCAGGCCUUCCUGGCCCAGGAGAAGGAGCAGAAGGACAGAGCUCAGAGGUGUUUUGUGUCCUACCUGCGCUCCAUCUACCUAAUGAAGAACAAAGAGGUGUUUGACGUCUUUAAAUUGAAGAUCCAGGAGUACGCCGUCUCCCUGGGCCUUGCUGUGGCUCCGAGAGUGCGCUUCCUGAAUAAAGCUCAGGUACAGAGGGCUGAGAAGGAUGGGCAGAGAGAGGAGCAGCAGUCUGAGGAGGAGGAGGAGCUGAAGAGCUUUAAGGCCAAGCUCACGGGAAACGUUCCUCAUGAAGGUCAGAACUCAGAAUCAGAAGAGUCCAGCAAUGGUGAGGAAAGUGAUGAUGAGCAAGAUGUGAAGCAGAAGAGGAUGUUACUGCUGGGUGCAGAUGACAACAGCGAGGAGGAGGAGGAUCUGAAGGACCUGGAUCUGUUCACAGUGAAAACAAAGGAUGUCUUCAGUGUCACACAGGAGCAGGAGGACCCAGAGGAGUCUCCUGAGGACCCCAAAAAGAAAAAGGCAGUGACAAAGUACACAGAGGCCAAAAAGAUCCUUAAGAAAAAGUUUAAAGUCAACACCAAAGUGACUUUCGAUGAGGAAGGAGAGGCUGUGCAGCUUUGGCCACCUGUCCAACACACAGUGGCUAGCGAAGAGGAGGAAGAGGAGGAUGUUUCAGGUAUCAACGUGGAGAAGGCCAAGGAGAGACUGAAACGUGAAGAUCAGGAGUUUGACAAGCAGGAGUACAGCCGCAAGGUGAAAGCCAAACACAGAGAGAAGCGGCUGAAGGCCAAGGCAGCCAGGAGGGAGGCCAGUCGACAGCACGGAGAGCAAUCUGACGACGAAGAGGACGAGGUGCACGCGUACCUGGCCAAUUACAGUGACGAUGAGUUUGACCCCAGCACACUGCCUGACCCUGACAAAGUGCGCUCUCAGGAGGAAGAGGAGGAUGAAGAGGAGGACGAUCAUGUGACAAGAUCAACGAAAAGGCAGCAGAGCAGCGAGAGCAGCGAUGAGGAGGAUGAAGAGCUCACAGCAGGGAAGAGGAAGAAAGUAAAGGUGAAUGAUGAGCACAAACCUCUGGACACUGGUCUCUCUCUGGCUGAGGAUGAGGAGUUAGUGUUGCAUCUGUUAGGAGGACAGUAGAGCCAGGAAGGUUUGCAGUCACUAUGGAAACACCAGUGAAAUACAAGAAGAAAGUCAGGAGUCGCAUGAGAAAAAAAAAUAAUAUUCCUCUUGUAUAACUGGUUGUUACACUUUGCUGCUAAAUUUUACAGCCACAACUAAAGUCCAUACUAACUCAAAGUAAACAGCAAAUGUGACUUAAUGAGGACCACACAUGUGUGAUUUAAUCAGAAUUGAUUGCCAAUAACUACACAACCCAUUUACGUUCAUCAUGUCAGCAGAGGCACAAUGAAAAACAGAUUUUAGCCACUUAAGGUUCACCUACUAGAAUCCUCUUUGGCUUCUCCCUUUAGGGGUCGCCAAAGUAGAUAAUGGGUUCACCUAAUAGAAUCUACACCUACAUUAUUUUAACAUCUUUGCCACUUUAUGUCACUGUUAGUCAGUCUUUUCUGACUGAAAACAGAGGAGCUGCUGGUCCCUGUGGUGAGUGUGUCACUGAGGCAAAUCCAAACAAAGGAUUACAAACACUGAAGUCACAAAAUAACACAUUUGA